CGCUGACAAAAAAAAUUUGCAACCAGGUAGAGAGAGAAAUUGGCCACACACACGCAAAUGAAAAGAAAACUCCAAUUUCCUGUCUUUUAAAAUUGUUUUCUGCUUUGCAUUUCACAUUACAUUUUCAUUCAUUCAUUUUAUUAUUUUUUUUAUUUUAUUUUUUGUGUGGAUGCAGUGGCUUUCUUCUCUUCUCUGCUUCCUUCCCUGACAAUCUCAUUUUCACUUCCUUUUCAUCUCUGAAAUCCAAAAAGCUGCUUCUUCUGCUUCUCCAUUCCCCAAAACCAUUCACUCUCUUGAUUCCUAAAAAAGCUAUUUUUUCCCUUUCCUCCUAUUUAGAUUCAAAACUUUUUUUUGUUUUUCAUUUUUUUUGACCCUUUUGAAUUCUGGGUGUCAUUGUGCUUGUAAGGAGAGUUUCAUGUGUACCAUUGAUGUAAAAUUUUGAGCUUUGUAUUAUACUUCUUGUGGGGUGUGUGAAUUGCGGAGCUUGUGUUUGAUGUAAAGUUUUGGGGUUUUCUUUGUUGUACUUAUUUUUGUGUGUGUGUGUGUUGAGGAGCUUCUGUUUGAUCAAACAGAAGCUCUUUGUUGGUGUUCUUUUUUGGAAUUUUCUGCUGGUGAUCUCGUUGGAAAACCCGAGCUUUUGGAGGCUCGGGAUCUGAAUUGUGUGAUGGAUUCAACAAAGGAGAAGAAGCUGCAGAGCAGUGUUGCUGUUGCAGAUGGAGCUGACACCAAACCUUGCUAUAUGCAGAAGUUCAGGCUCUAUGAGACUCGCUCGAAAUUUUACAUGAUCGGAAGAGACAAAAACAGAACAUUUUGGAGGGUCUUAAAGAUUGACAGACUGGAGCCAUCUGAAUUGAAUAUUGUUGAAGAUUCAACAGUAUACUCGGAAAUUGAGUGUUGUGACCUUCUGAGGCGGAUACAUGAAGGAAACAAGUCAACAGGGGGGCUUAAAUUUGUAACAACUUGCUAUGGAAUCAUCGGAUUUAUCAAAUUUCUGGAGCCGUAUUACAUGCUGCUUAUAACAAAGCGAAGGAAGAUUGGUACAAUCUGUGGGCACACUAUAUAUGCUAUCACAAAGAGCGAAAUGGUUCCAAUUCCACAUGCUACUGUGCGAUCCAAAAUGGCUUAUUCUAAGGAUGAGAACAGAUACAAGAGGCUUCUGUGCAGUGUGGAUCUUACGAAGGACUUCUUUUUUAGCUACUCCUACAAUGUCAUGCUUAGUCUUCAAAGGAACUUAUCUGAUCAUAAUACUACAGGACAAUCACUUUAUGAAACACUUUUUGUUUGGAAUGAGUUCUUAACUCGUGGAAUCAGGAAUAAUCUCCAGAAUACUUCCUGGACUGUAGCCUUAGUGUAUGGCUUUUUUAAACAGGUCAAACUUUCUAUAUCUGACAGUGAGUUCAACUUGACUAUCAUUGCUAGGCGCUCACGGCAUUAUGCUGGGACCAGAUAUUUGAAACGAGGAGUGAAUGAAAAAGGUAGAGUAGCCAAUGACGUUGAGACAGAGCAGAUAGUCUUUACAGAUGCUCAUGAUGGACGCCCAAUGCAAAUCAGUUCAGUGGUACAGAUCCGGGGUUCCAUCCCUCUGUUCUGGUCUCAGGAAGCCUCUAGAUUGAAUAUAAAACCUGACAUUAUAUUAUCAAGGAAGGACUCUAAUUUUGAAGCCACAAGACUUCAUUUUGAAAAUCUUGUGAAGAGAUAUGGAAAUCCAAUUAUUAUACUGAACUUGAUAAAGACACGUGAGAAGAAGCCUCGAGAAACUAUUCUGCGAUCUGAGUUUGCGAAUGCUGUUAGGUCUAUUAAUAAAAAUUUGAGAGGGGAAAAUCGCCUGAGGUUUCUUCAUUGGGAUCUGCAUCGGCAUUCAAGAUGCAGCAAAGCUACUAAUGUGUUGGGACAACUGGGGAAAGUGGCUGCGUAUGCGCUGAAGCUGACUGGCAUCUUCUACUGUCCAGUGACACCAAAUUUGAGGCUAGAUGGAUUAUGUGAAUAUUCCUACUCUGAGAAUGACAAUGUCAUUGAUCACUGCAUCACAGAACAAACAUGCAUAAACAAGGAUAAUGUUGAUAAAGAAACAGAAAUUAGCAAUUGUUACUGUAGUGGUGAUGAGAACAAAGAUUACAGCGUCAAACCCCAGAUGCUUCAAUCUGGGGUCUUGAGGACUAAUUGCAUAGACUGUUUAGAUCGUACCAAUGUUGCUCAAUAUGCUUAUGGACUAGCUGCACUUGGAUGCCAGCUACAAGUUUUAGGAUUUACUGAAUCCCCAUAUAUUGAUCUUGAUAACCCUUUGGCCAAGGAAUUAAUGCAAGUCUAUGAGUCCAUGGGCGAUACACUAGCCUUUCAAUAUGGGGGAUCUGCAGCACACAACAAGAUAUUUUCUGAGAAAAGAGGUCAAUGGAAGGCAGCAACACAAUCCCAGGAGUUUAUUCGAACUCUACAGCGUUAUUACAACAACACGUAUUUAGAUGUUGAUAAGCAAAAAGCAAUUAACUUAUUCUUGGGGCAUUUUCAGCCACAACAGGGAAAACCAGCACUGUGGGAGUUAGAUUCAGAUCAGCAUUACACCAUCAGGAAACUUGGGCUGUAUUUUGCAGAUGACAAUAUUAGGUCAUCUAUGAAAAGAUCGCUAUCAGAUGGUAACAUUAUCAGUGAAAGUGACAAUACAAUUAGGAACUUGAAUGUUACAAAUUGUCAGCACUUAUCUGAAAAACCUGAUAAGCGUUUUCUUUCGGGGUCUACUCCAGACAUCUUUACUUGUGGAAGCGACAUUUGUCAUUGCAGGCAGAUAUACGAAGGAAUGGUCAAGGGCCAAAAUUGUGAGAGUGAUCAUAUUUGUUACGAUGAACAUGGAGAUGCAUGUGACUGCUCCAAUUUCCUUGAUGUGGACUGGCUUUCUUCUUCUGGAAAUUCUUGUGAAGAAGAAUUACUUGAAAGGUCAACCAGCAUCUCCUCGGAGAAUAUUGCAAAUGAACUAGUAACUGAGACAUCUGCAAGUGAUUCUGGAUCCAGCAUUAAGGGAAGGCAGAGUGGAGAUGGAGAACUGAACAAGGAUAGCAAUAGCAAAUACAGUGAAAGCUUUGAACGUUGGGUAACUCAAGGGGAGAUGCUUUUUGUUUGACUUUUAUCACCAUCCAUCCGAAGGAUGUGGGGGUUCCUGACUUGCUGUACAGAAGAAAUAAAAUGGUAAGAUAUCAUCCAAAAGCAAAAGCAAAAGCAAAUAGCACUGGCAGCAGCUGACAAGUUGAGGUUUGUUCAAGGGCAACAUUUGAGUUACUCAUUAUAUUUUUCUUCAUUUGGGGGGUAAUGGUAGAUGUCAAUAGGUAAUUCAUUUUUGUGCCUCUCCAAACAUGCCAUAAUAAUCAACCAUGUAUAUAAUUUAAGCUGAGAAAAGAAAAAAAACCAAAAAAAACCAAAAAAAAUUCAUGGCUGGUGCUCAGGUUAUAACUGCCUAAUAAAUCAUGUGCAGUCAACUUUUUUGGCUCCAUGGAUAUGUGAGCUUUUUUUUCAUUAUCAAGAAUUGCUGAUUUUUCUGUCA